AUGAAGAGGCAAAAAGUAAUCGAGUUAGAUCGUGCCGAGACGCCGACGAAGAACUUCAACAUAGAUUGGGACAACGUUUUGGUCGAUGACGAAGUCCCCGACUUGGAGAUCGUCGAAAAAACUCCUCCGCACGAGCCUACUCUCUCCGCCGGCGAUGAUUCCUCAAUCUGCGUGAAAUCCCUCAAGGAUUACGAGCUCGACGAUCAUCUUAACCGUCAGAGAUCACUCCUUGCUUCUUUCGGUGUCAGGUUACCAGAUAAUGGCCAGAGAAUCCGCUCCAGAAUCGGUAGCCUCGAGUACGAGAAGCAGCGAAGGUUGCUCCUCCGCGCCAAAACGGAUACGGAUGAAUGUCAGAUUCUCGUGCAACCAAAAAGCUCAGAUCUGUCUAAGCAAGGGAAUACAGCUACAGGAUCGAAAGAGGUGUCUCGGUCAACAUUUGUUUCUCAUUUCAGUGUCAAUCUCAAAGUGGAGGCUAGACCAGUGAAACUGUUUAAUGAAGAAGUACAAGGUUUGGGACGUGAAAGCUGGAGAAGAAAGGAUGUUGGAGAGACGGCAACAAAGCAAAGCAGUGGGUGGCGGUCAAUGCCGAGACUAGGAAAGUGUCAGAUCGGUGAAACAAACUUUUAUUCUGGAUUUAAGGAUCCAAAAGGGAAUGGCAAACUCGAUGAAGGUUCUGUAAAUAGAAAAAGAAAGAUAGAGGAAUCUUCCCCUUACUUGCUCGUCGAUGAUGAUGAUGAUGAAGACGACGUUGUUGGCUAUGAUACUCCUAGGUUCAUAUCUUUUCUCUAUUCUACUACAUCAGAUGAUAAAGUAAUCAAUUUGGAUGAAGAGGAACCUGAGUCUCCAGUGGUAGUAGAGGAAGCACUUGAACUUCCUGAAGGGUUACCGGAAGAUAUUUGCUACCCAUCAAGGGAUGACCCAGACCUUGUUCAAGUUGCUCUUGAUGAUCUUAAAUGCCUUUCACCUCGAGAAUGUCUUACAUCUCCAGUUAUAAAUUUCUACAUCAGGUUCUUGCAGCACCAUGUGUUUGCAGGUAAUCAAGCAGCUGCUGAUUACCAUUUCUUUAACACAUUUUUUUACAAGAAACUCAUUGAAGCUGUUUCAUACAAGGGUAACGACAAGGAGGCAUCUUUUGUGAAGUUGAGACGGUGGUGGAAAGGUUUUGAUCUAUUCCGUAAAUCAUAUAUAUUUAUACCAAUUCAUGAGGAUCUACACUGGAGCUUGGUAAUCAUUUGCAUCCCAGACAAGGAGGACGAGUCAGGCUUGACUAUACUCCACUUGGAUUCAUUGGGACUUCACCCAACCAAAUUGAUUUUUAGUAACGUCAAAAGGUUUUUGAUAGAGGAAUGGAGUUACCUGAAUCAAGACACUUCUUUACCGGAUUUACCAAUCUCAGAAAAGAUAUGGAGAGACCUUCCAGAUAGGAUCAACGAAGCUGAAGUGAAGGUUCCACAGCAAAAGAAUGAUUUCGACUGUGGUCUGUUUGUGCUCUUCUUCAUACAACGGUUCAUCGAAGAUGCUCCUCAGAGGUUGACACUGCAGGAUUUGGGAAUGAUUCACAAGAAGUGGUUUAAACCCGAUGAAGCUUCUGCUUUGAGGAUCAAAAUGUGGAACAAACUCAUUGAGCUAUUCCGUGAGAGUAGUCAAACAGAUUUAACUUUGUAA